UGGCGCCAAAAGCUACACCUACCAGGUCACCUUGCUCACCGGAGGAGGGGAUCCAGACACACGAAAAUAAUCGAAGAAUUCGCGAGUAGUUUGAAUUUAUUGUUGCGUGAAAAUUGGUGUGGUCCCGAGAGGUGCAGAUUUUUUAACUGUGAUAUAGUUUAAUUUUAUACCAAAACCAUGAGUGUACCAGCUGGUGAUGUUGAAAAGGGAAAGAAAGUUUUCAUCCAGAGGUGCGCUCAGUGUCAUACAGUGGAAGCAGGCGGGAAACAUAAAACGGGGCCUAACCUUCACGGCUUGUUCGGGCGGAAAACUGGUCAAGCGGCCGGAUUUGUUUACACAGAUGCUAACAAGAAAAAAGGCAUUACUUGGGGUAAGGACACCCUAUUUGAAUACCUCGAGAACCCUAAGAAAUAUAUACCGGGAACGAAAAUGGUGUUCGCGGGGUUGAAAAAGCCCCAAGAAAGGGCUGAUCUCAUCGCCUAUCUAGAGUCGGCCACAAAGUAAACUAAACGAAUCAAAUUAGUAGAAAGUUCGGAAAUUACGAUACCAACUACACGGCGAAAGUGAUGAUAUAGCUUUAUUAUGUCGCAUUUGAUGUAUCGUAAUUUUCCAUGUUCUGUAUGACAAUUACAUUUGUAUUAGUAGUAUUGUUUGGGAGAUUGAGGCAAGUUAUUCAUGUCUAAUGAGUAUAUAUGUGUACGUACAAAAUAGCCCAUUUUAUUUUUGAUUGAAUGUAACUAAGUUAUUAAAAAACUAAAUUAUUUCCCUUGUUAUAAGAUAUCUGUACAAUAUGCGUUGCUUGUGUUUUGUCUUAUAGAGAUCAAAUACAUGUUAAAUAUG